AUGCCGGUUGAGAAUAAUAGUGCUGUCGAGUAUCAACUUGAAGAACAGUCGCUGCUGGAAGAUGCGUCAACGCUGCUCAUGUUUUCUCAGAGUAAUAGCCAAGCGGGACAGCAAAGUAAGACACAAACUAAGCCACAGUCCGAGGCGCAAAAGGCUAGUAUAACGACGGCUGUUUCUACUACAACCACAUUAAUGGAGGAUGGCCAGUCAUCUGUUUCGGAGCAGUCUGUCGUAGAAGAGGAAAAACCUGUGCCUAGUAUGAUGGAACGUACGGAGACACUUGUGUCAAGAAAUCCUCUUCGAAGAAAUCCGCAUGCCUCGCCAGGACCCGCGACGGCCGCAUUACUGGAGUACCCACUAAUGCCAUCUGCUGAUUAUAGUUCAAAAAAAAGUUCACGAACAGGCAGUGUAACUGGUGCAUCUAGCAAAGGCAGAGUAGCUGCUGCUGCGUUGGCCGCGGCCGCAGUUGUCCCACUACCUCUCAAGAGUGCGCACGAAUCAAAGGAUACAGUACAGCCUAAGCGUGAGUCUCCACAGCAGGUGGAAAGUGUGGAGAAAGAGCAUACGAAGGAUGACUCCAAAGAACAGUCUAAAGAACCGAAAGAAGAAGCUAAAGAAGAAGCUAAAGAAGAAUCUAAAGACGGGUCUGAAGAAGAGACCAAAGAAGAGACCAAAGAAGAAACCAAAGAAGAGACCAAAGAAGAGUCAAACGAAGAUACAAACGAAAACUCUGCCGAUGAGAACAAGGAUGAGUGGCCUGUACCUAAGUCGUAUAUUGUGGAUCCAGAUGACGGGAUAAUUACUUGUAUAUGUGGUUAUGAUGGAGAUGACGGAUUCACGAUACAGUGUGAUCACUGUUAUAGGUGGCAACAUGCAACUUGUUAUGGUAUUGAAGAUGAAAGCGCCGCUCCCGAUGAUUUUUUAUGUAAACCAUGUCGGCCAAGAGAGCUCGAUGUAAAAUCAGCAAAGCGGAAACAACAGGAAAGAAUAAAAGCUAAUAAGAGGCGGAAGCGUAGCGGUCAACCAGAGGACCGCAGCUCUUCAAGAGACCAGGUAACUUCAGGAAAUAUUUCAUCUAAUGAAGGCGUGGAUAACGUUUCUACGCCUGUUUCGAAUUGGACAACUGCGCCAGCAGCUGAGCCGAUUAUAAAACAAUACUAUAUGAAUGCCAAAGAAGCACACGCUGCCGUUUACCUACCGUUAGAAAAUUAUGAUUUCAAAGAUAAAUAUGCAUCACUGUUUAUUAAUGCACACAGUGAUGACGAUUGGGUGAUUCCGUACAACAAGAAAGCAUUUAAACCUAUUCCAACUGAGAUAAAAGCAUAUGGAGACGUCACUAAUUCUCGAGUUUUUCCGGGUUACUGCAAGUUGGGUGUUUAUAUCCAACAGUCCUGCACUAAAGGGGCUUUGAUAGAUGAGUUUCUUGGCGAAGUAGACUUUCAAAAAAAGUACCUAGAAGAUCCAAGGAACAGCUACAGAUCACUUGGGACGCCGUUUCCUAAAGUGAUUUUCCACCCUAAUUGGCCGAUAUACAUUGAUGCUCGUAUUAGUGGUAACUCUACAAGGUGUCUACGACGUUCUUGUAAUCCUAACGUCGAACUCGCUACAAUAAAGUUACAGAGCACACCAGGUCAAUCAGAUGAGAAUUCCAUACGGUUUGUUCUACGAGCCACACGUGAUAUAGCAAAGGGCGAAGAGUUGCAUAUCAAAUGGGGAUGGGAUUUGCAUCACCCCAUGUGGAUGUUAAUAAACGGUGCUAGUGUUGCUUCGGUUAACGACCCGGAGAAAUAUUUACUUAUACACUCCGUUGAAACCUUGACUGGGAUGUGUGACUGCGCAUGUGAAAAUAGCAAGGAUUGCAGUCUAGCUAAAGUCAAGAAGUAUACCCAGUCAUUGUGCAAGUCCAUGAAGUCGAAGAUGAAUAAUAGAUACAAAAUCAACGAAAUUCUACAAAAAAGCAAGUCGCAAGACAGGAGACAGACACCAAUAUUGUCAUCUCUUGCUCAUGAAGCAAUCACUAAUUCAGCUAGGGCUCAUGAAGUUUUGUUGAAGUUCAACAAUGCUAAAUUAGCACAUCUAGAGGCUCAGGAUAAAGCCAAAGCCAUCUAUGAUAACUCAACAGACAAAUCGGGGAAACCUAGAGAUUUAUCAGUUCCCCCCUCGGUAUCUCCACAAACUUCCGGUCCAGUAGACUUUAAACCUUACAAAUAUAGGCUCUGGGAGAAGCACAAGGGAAAUAAUAACUCGUCGAAGAAUAGCGAACAAAAGAAGUUAAUAAGCCCGUUCGAUUUUAAUGAGAAGGAAGUACGCAACCUGGAUGCGUUAGCCAUACCCGUAGAACUCCAAGUUCCUAUAACACAGUCAACUAUCAACUCUCCAGAUGUUAAACAACUAUCUGCCGAGUUGUCCGAGCCAACAAUUACAGCCGAAAAGACUGAUCAAAUCCUAUCCAGAUCUGUUUUAAACGCAACGUCUGCACUAACAGCAUCUGCUGCUCUGAAUGCAGCAGCAGCAGUUGUAACAGGUUCGAUUAGCACUACCAUCACAUCUGCGUCGGCAAUUAACAACUCAUCUAACCCACAAAAUACCAAGAAGAAGCUUUCUUUCGCCGACUAUAAGCGUAAAGUAAAGCCUACUUGA